GCGAGGCUCAGUGUCACCCCACGGUCUGCGCGCUGACAUGUGAUGUGACUCACAGUGUCACACACACACCCACCCACCCACACACACACACACACACACACACACACACACACACACACACACACACACACACAGACCGAGCCCAGCCUCCACGCACCGAGCUGCUCUUCUCUGCGUCCCGAUCCACGCUGAGAUGGAGAUGUCAGCAGCUGCAGGUGGCCUGGGUAUGUCUGGACACCGUCAGCGCUCGGUGAAGAGGAGGAGGUGGGGAGGUUUGAGGCAGCAGUGGAUGCUUCUGGGCUUGUUUGAGAUCGAUCAGCAGCACGAGUUCUACAGACUGACCUGCAUGAUGAAGGAGGGAUUGGCAGCAGCCACCCAAAACACCAUUGACAAUGCACCUACAAAUGAGCUGUCAGAUGAUGAUUUCAGAUUAAAGGUCACUCAGACUCAUAAGGAUUUUACAAUGGAGACGUUUGCAGGCCCGGUGUUUUCCAGACUGCGUGGCACUUUCGGGAUGACAGAGCAGGAAUAUCAGCAGGCUCUCUGCUCUGAAAACUGCUACCUCCAGUUUAUUAGCAACUCCAAGAGCAAGGCCGACUUCUUCCUGACAAAUGAUAAGCGAUUCUUUUUGAAGACCCAGAACAAAAGGGAAAUCAAAUUUCUUCUGUCCAACCUGAAGAUCUACACGGAACAUCUGAGGAAAUACCCCCAUUCGUUGCUGGUCAAAUUCCUAGGUGUUCACAGGAUCAAAAUCCCACACAGGCGGAAGAAAUACUUCAUUGUUAUGCAAAGUGUGUUUUAUCCUGAUGAUCGAAUCAAUGCCAGGUAUGACAUUAAGGGCUGUGAGGUGAGUCGUUGGACGGAGCCUGCACCAGAGGGAAGCCAGAUUAUUGUGGUUCUCAAAGACCUCAACUUUGAAGGCCAGUCCAUCACUCUGGACCAGCAGCGUCCCUGGCUCUUGCGGCAGGUGGAGAUCGACACACACUUCCUCUGGAGGCUCAACGUGUUGGACUACAGUCUCCUCGUGGCCCAUCAGCCCUUACACCACGAUGAACGCCACCAGAGUCUCUCCUUUGCUACUCUAAUUAUGAGAACCAAAAAAUCUGUGAAUGCAGGCUCCAGCCCUAUCCACACAAGCAUAGCUGCUGUUCCUGGGUCAGUCCCAGAAGAUGACUCCGCCUUACUGUUGUGUAAUACAGAUGACAGCAGUUUGAAGCAAUCACAAGCAGAAGUUGCAUCAAGUGGUGGCACACCUCAAAUUUACACAGAGCAUGCAAGGCCAGGCAGUGACGCAGCUGCGUUUCCAGACUUUGAAGCCCAAAACCGACGAUUACUGCCCAAUUUAAAGAAUCCUCUGCACGUCAUCGAUGGGCCUGAGCAGCGCUACUUCAUCGGCAUCAUUGACAUUUUUACAGUUUACAGUUUUAAGAAGAGGCUGGAGCAUAUGUGGAAGAGGCUGAGACAUCCAGGCCGAUCCUUCUCUACCGUCAGCCCACAGACUUACUGCCUCAGGCUCUGUCACUGGGUACAGGACCACACUAAGUAGGCCCUGGAUGAGUGGUAGAUGUAGCAUGUCUAAACAGCUCUAAAGUCAACGAGCCCACACACAUGCACGCAUUAUGAAACAAGUUUAUCUACAUGUGUUCCAUGGUUCCACUCUUUUUAUUUUUCCACACGCUCAAAAUGCAUCUAUGGCAUUAUAUUUUGUGCAUGUAGAAAUUUUGAGCACAGAGAAAUAUUUUUAGAGAAAUUAUUAGGACACUGAGACUAGUAAAACAUAAACUUAAGUUUCAUUUGGACAUACAAAUAAUGAUUUUCUAUUUGCAAAAUGAAUUGGUGUGUUUUACUUGCUGCAGCAGACAUAUAACAAAUAGUUCCUUUUGUAAAACAGCUAAAUAAAAAAGACAAAAUACAAAUGCGUUUUGUGUCCAACUAUACGAAUUUGGUUACUGUUCUUACCCAGUGACCAGUAAUCCUACUUGUAAUCAAAUCUGACAAAGACAUAAAAUAGGACUCCAAUUUUCCAUUUGGCUAAAAUUAUGAAAGCAUAUACUGUAGUUGGGAUGCUGAGAGAGCAAGCAAGCAAUUUAAACAAGGCAGAUUUAGUCAAAUUAAUAUUGUGAUUUUAUGUGGAUAACAGAGAACCUGCAAUGGCGCACAGAAUCUAUUUCUGUUUGCUCAAAGUUUUCGCAAUAUUUCAUUGUGCACUCAUACAGUACAUUUGAAACAAAAGAGAUUCCAUAACUGGCAUAUUUUUCUGUCAGAGCAGGUUUUUUUCCAAAUACAGAUCCAAACAUGCCUGGUGUGAUGCAUUAUAAAGAGGGUAGGCAGCUCCUUGCUUAAAAAAAAUAUUGCGUAUAAUGUGCCGUCAUAAAGAAAAUCUUAAAAAAACAUCAACUAGGCUUCAGCUACAUGCACACUGUAUGUCUGCCUUCGUCUAAUUUGGAACCCUACUUCAUGGUCAUCAAGGGUUUCAAAAAUAUUGUACCUUCUUCCUUUGCAAGCAAAGAGUAUCCUGAAGAAAAAGUAUUGGCAGAACUGAUGUUCCAGAUGUUGCAGCAUCGUGACAAAGUCGUUUUAGUACAUUUGAAUUUUUCCAGGCAUGUGCAACGGAAAUAAUUACAAUGCUGCCUAGUAACAUGUAUUUUGCCCUGAAAUCUUCAGUUUAGCUUUAAUUCUUAGUAUUUCUUGCUUUGACCUUUUGUGUGUUUAUUAUACAGUUCUCUUGAAUACACCCGUAAAAACUUUCAUCUUGAAUUUUUAUUAUUUGUAAUUUUGACAUGGUCUUAUACCAUAGGUAAACAUGGAUUCUACCCUGAGAUUCUCUAGAAUAUGUCACUUGGUGAGAAUUGACCUUUGGCC